AUGCCAUUGCCUUUGGGUGACCCACUAGCACUAGCAGUUUCGCCUCAGCUCGGAUACAUUCGAAUCACAGCGAUGCCGCGUUGGCUUCUACUCCUGGGCAUGUCGGCCCUGGGUAUACUGUACAGUCUGACCAGAGCGUUUGGCCUAAUGGCCACCGCCAAUUGGAGUCCUCGAGGCAUUAAGAGGGUCAGACAGAGCCUCUAUCUUCGCAUCCACGGCUGGGCGAUGCUGAUCUUUGUGGGCUGUUUUUCGCCCUUCGCCUUCUGGUGCAUUUUCCAAAGGAUGGCCUUUCUGCGCCAAAGCCGAAUUCUGCUAAUGAUUGGCUUUAAUCGAUAUGUCCUGCUGCUGGUCUGUGCUUUUAUGACUCUGUGGAUACACUGCUCCAAGCAGGCGGAGAUUAUUGGGUGUCUCAAUCGUUUGCUAAAGUGUCGAAGGCGGUUAAGGAGACUCAUGCACACUCGGAAGCUAAGGGAUUCCAUGGAUUGUCUGGCCACCAAGGGACACCUGCUAGAAGUGGUGGUGCUACUCGGUUCCUAUCUGCUCUCCAUGUCACAGCCCAUUCAGAUACUCAAGGAUGAUCCGGAAGUGCGAAGGAACUUUAUGUACGCCUGCUCUUUGGUUUUCAUAACCGUAUGCCAGACCAUCCUACAGCUCUCCCUGGGGAUGUACACACUGGCCCUACUAUUUCUGGGUCACCUCGUUCGGCACUCCAAUCUGCUGCUGGCCAGAAUUCUGGCGGAUGCCGAGCACAAUUUUGAAAGUUCCCAGAAGGCCGGAUUUUGGCCCAACCGCCAGGAGCUGUACAAAGGCCAACAAAAGUGGUUGGCCCUCGAAUUGUGGAGAUUACUUCAUGUACAUCAGCAAUUGCUGAAGCUCCAUCGCUCCAUAUGCUCGUUGUACGCAGUUCAGGCCGUCUGCUUUUUGGGAUAUGUGCCCUUGGAGUGCAUGAUUCACCUGUUCUUCACAUACUUCAUGAAGUACAGCAAGUUUAUUUUGCGAAAAUAUGGAAGAUCGUUUCCGUUGAACUACUUAGCCAUCGCCUUUUUGGUGGGUCUCUUCACCAAUCUCUUGCUGGUCAUUUUACCCACCUACUACUCAGAAAGAAGAUUCAACUGUACCAGGCAAAUCAUCAAAGGCGGAGGAUUGGCCUUUCCGUCCAGGAUCACUGUUAAGCAACUCAGGCACACUAUGCACUACUACGGCCUGUUUCUGAAGAAUGUGGAGCAUGUAUUUGCCGUCAGCGCCUGUGGACUGUUUAAGCUGAACAAUGGGUUACUCUUUUGCAUCGUGGGUGCAAUACUGGAAUACCUCAUGAUACUGAUACAGUUUGAUAAAGUCCUAAACCAAUAG